UUCUUCUAUUUUUCUUUUUGUUUAUUGGUAUUGGUUCUGUUGAUUGUGCAAGUGUUUGAUUUUGAAUGCUGGACUUGAUUUGGGAUCUGCAUGGUUUGCUUCGUGCUACUCUUUGUUUGUGUUUUGUUAAUCGAGCGGCUACUGGGAUGAGCUAUGUGGAUUAACGUCUAUGCCACUGUGAAAGCAAUGACUUCUGGUUGAUGGGGGUUUUCUCUUUUAUUUUCCUGGUUUUGGUUGCUCUGCUAGUGCGGGGAAGAAGGUUGGUGAAGUUGGGUUUUGGAUCUUCUGUGCUGUGGCUUUUGCUUUGCUGAUUUCGGGCUUCAAUUUCUAUGCGUGCAUGGGUGGUUCAAGCAUGUUGCCCAAUCUGGUGGAUGGUCAUUAGCUACAGCAACGCCUGCCCAUGUGCUAAGCUGAAUAAAACUUGCAUAGAGAUGCUGAUCCAAAUUUUCAUAUGGCUUUCGUCGAUUGUUUUUGUGAUUGUUGGGUCAUUUUGAGCGAAAAUUCUCACUCAAGUCUUGCUCGAUAGUUUAUUAGAUGGAGGGAUCAUGGUGCUUCGUUGAAAGGGAUAAAUUUCGAAUUUUCUGACCAAUCCGCUUCAUACAAACUCCUACUCAGCUUCUGAACUCUAUAACUCUACUGGGCUCUCAUUAUUCUGCUAAACGCUUUCCACAAAGAAGUGUUUUGCAUACAGGAUAUCUCUGGGAUUGAAGCAGUCUCGGUUAUGGCAGUGACAUUCUUGUUGCACCAUCUGCUAUAUUUUCAACGCCAAGCUUUAUGUAUCAUAGUGAAAUUGGCAGAAAUUCGGAAAGAAGUCCAAUGCCCUAUCUGUUUAGGGAUCAUUCGGAAAACAAGAACAGUGAUGGAAUGCCUGCAUCGCUUCUGCAGGGAAUGCAUCGACAAGUCCAUGCGCCUGGGGAACAAUGAAUGCCCUGCAUGCCGCACCCAUUGUGCUAGUCGUCGCUCUUUGAGAGAUGACCCAAACUACGAUGCCUUAAUUGCAGCCAUCUAUCCAGAUAUUGACAAGUAUGAGGAAGAGGAACUGGCUUUUCAUGAAGAGGAGAAGGCUCGCAAUAAGCAGAUCCAAGCUUCCAUUGCCCAGACAUUUCGACGACAAUCUGAGGCACUAGGAAGGAAACGAACAACAGCUAAAGCAACUGCAGCUGCAUUUAUGAGGAGAUCACAGGGUAGCUAUCGAAAUGCUCAUUUGAGGGGGAGAAGAAACUAUAGAAAUGUUGCUGAACAUCAAGGUUCCGAUGAUAACGAGGAUGCAAAUGGUAAUGAUGGAGGUAAAGACUCAACUUCUGGUGACGAGCGCACAGAACCAAGACCAAAGAGAUGCAAAAGAUGGGGAGGAGGUCGAUCAGGAUCUGCUAAUGCAGAUGGUGGUGAUGAAAAUGAUUAUGAAUUGAACAGAGAAAUUAUGGGUGCAUCUGCGGGGCUUGUUGGCAGCUCAGAAAGGCUUGCCUGGGGUAAAGGUGGCAUGCGGAGCCAUACACGGUAUGGCAGUACAAGUGGUGGCAAUGGCAAAAAUGCCAGGAACAUCCGCCUCUCUAAGUUGGUGGAGUAUCUUCGGAACUCAGAAAACCACGAUGAUGAGUUGGACAUCCACCUCCUGCUUGUUUCUUUUGAUGAGCAAAGAAUACCCAGUUUGCAGCGGCCCUAUCUUUGCUGCAGGCCUACCCUGUCAGUUGGACAACUAUGUCACUAUGUAGCUCUCCGAACUGCACUGCAAGCUGAUGAAGUUGAAUUGUACUUGGUGAAAGAGCUGCAUGCCAAAUUCAGUCAUUCAACUGCCACAAAUGUCCUAAUUUCCAAGUCUGUUGUUUUAGACUCAACCAAAGAUAACCUGCAACUAUUAAGAGAACAAGAAACGUUGGCAGACCUUAGAACACACAAUCUCAUUCCUGGUCAUCUGCUUUUGGCAUAUCAGAAGAAAUGGAACUCAAGCUGAUGAUGAUGACAAAUUAGAACGAGUGGUUCAAUUCAACUUCUUUCGUUCUUUUGUUCUUUUCACUAGAAUAUAUAGUGACCGCUCUUAAUAGUGUCAGGUAGGUUUCAUAUUUAGAGCUGCGUUCUCUGGCAUAUGCUGCAUACAGCGAGCAAUUUAGAAGCCGAUGAAAAUUAUCAUGUCAUGUGUACGAGCUUGUUACAACUGUUACAUGUAUUUAUAGAAUAUGAAUUUCCCUUUCUGUCUGGAAAAUAAUCUCUUUAAUCUU